CGUAGUUUACAUCGUUACUAGGCAGCGAUAACGGCACUCAUGUUCUUGUAAUAAUUUGAUCGGAAAUGUAUAAACUAUAAAUAGGAUCAGUUGGAUACAUACACUGGCUGCUUAUCUUACUACAGGACUAACGCUAGACCCCAACAACAGUGGUCAUAUUCAGACCGCUUAACGUUAAUGCAUAGAAUACUAACGUUAUCAUGGCCACCCUAGCUCCCUCAGCUGAGUUUCGAGGAAAACUGCGAAAGAAGGGCCGUGCUUUACAAGAAACUUGGGCUAAAAACAAAAAUGAGGACGACGUUCAGGCUCUGGUUCCAGUUGCCACGUUGAGCAAGGGGAAACACCAAACUACAAUGAAGGAGGCUCAAAGCAGUGAAGAAGAUCCAGGAGAGACGCUCAAACGCACAUUAAGAGCUCAGAGACAGAGGCAGAAGAAAAGGCUGCUUGAACAGUCUUCAGCCCACGAGUCCCAUGAUAAUGAUGAUGUGGAGAAGAUAUCCACCAUUCAGCCCCAGAGUGAAGAUAGGGGCUCAGCUGAGAAGGCAGCUGACCCCAUGAAUUUGUCAAAACCUCCAAGUGGUGCUCAGAGAGGUCUUGGCUCAGGAAUUCAACAUAGUCCCAAAAAUUUAGAUGACAUUGUGACACUGCACUUGCAAGAGAAGCUGAGAGCAGCUAGGCCAGCCAGUCGCCUGCAGAGUCUCAGAGACAGAGAUACUAUAACAAGGUUUGACAGAGAGGUAGAUCACGAUGGAGCCGGAAAACAUGAUGUCCCCCUGGCCAUCCGUACGAGGGUCAAGUUUCGAGAAGCAGCAAAAAGAGCAGUAAAAGGUCUACCAACUGCUGAAGAGGCAUACGGUUUCUUUACAUACAACUUUGAGCCAGAUCCAAAAGAUGGGACUGUGAGGAUGAGCAGGAAAAAACAAAAACAAAGAAAAACAGUUGAGGAGGACAUGGGUGAAGCUGAUGAGCAGGAAGACAGUGAAGUAGAUGAAGAUAAUCAAGAUGAAAAAAUUGGCCAGAGUGAAGAAGUUCCUCUUGUGCAAGAGGAAGAGGAGGGUUUAUUUGCCAUUCAGCAGUCAUCCCAGGACUUUCUGGAAGUGAAGAAGGCCGAGUAUAGAGGGUACCGAAAACUUAUUCAGCGAGAAAGUGAGCUCCUCUUUACGCCAAGCUUUCGAACAGUUCCAGUCGCCAUUAAAUUGCCAGAAAAUAUGAAGCCUCGUUACCUGGAGGAUGAAGGUCUAUAUGUAGGUGAGAGGCCCUCUGUAUCCCUGACCAACGAGAACAUCCUGGAGAACCGUAUUUUGAAAAUGGAGGAGGGAAAGAAGUGGUUUGGUGAUGAUGGCAGGAUCAUAGCUCUGCCUGACCCCAUAAAGGAAUCAUCUACUAGACCCCCUCUCAUCCACAUGGAGGAGGACCUAGACCCUGCACUGCAAACUGUGUACAAGAAGGCGCUGAAAUCCAAGUAUGCAGGUCUGUACAUUUCGAGUGCAGCAGACCCUGAGGGGGACUACCAGCUUGAUGUUGAUGUCUCUGGGCUGAUCUUCUCCCAUCACCCACUAUUCAGUCGUGAGCAUGUCCUGGGGGCCCGUUUAGCUCAGCUGUAUGAUCAGUAUCUCACCAGGCAGCACAAUAACCUCACGGGGCACCUGACUGACAAGUUGAAUGGAUUGAGGAGAGGUCUGCGGAACAUGCUUGAGAUACAUGGUGGGCAGUGCCUCACUCAAGCAGUGCAGCAAAGGAUAUCUGAGUACAGUCUGGAGGUUCAGAACACUCGGCAGCUGCGAGACAGCGAGCAGGAGAAAGACAGGACUUUGCUGAAGAACAUGGUUAAAGUAUGGAAGGAGAUCAAGGCCCUGAGAGAGUUUCAGAAGUUUACCAACACACCAUACAAGCUCUGCCUCAGAAAAGAGAAUGUCGACCGGGCAUCAGAUAAGCAGGAAUAUGAAGAUGAAAUCUUGGCAGAGGUUGUGGAAUUGGAGGCAGAGAGUGAGAUGGAUUACCAGAGGAAGCUGGCUGAGUACAAGAAACAGCUGGAGGAGUGGAAGCUAUGGAGAAGGAAACAGAAAACCAAGAAGAAGAAGAGAAAAAAGAAGAAGAAAAGCCAGGCACAGGGUGACACAGAAGAUGAAGAUGAAGACCAAGAGGUGAGCGAAUCAGAAGGACCUGCUGAAGAAGGCCCUCCAAAGCCAGAGCCUCUAGAGAAGCCAGACCUCGACUCUAUAGAGCAGCAAGUCAGAGAGAAAGCCUCCAGGAUACGCAGGAAACCAGGCGAGUCCAUCCUGAUCCCUGAGUUGUCUGCAUCUGGAAACAUCACCGCCUAUGAACUCUGCCCCAGGGCUGAAAAAGCUCGGAGAGAUCAUGUUGCAAAGUGCUUUCUAUUCAUCAAGAUUCUAUACAACAACAAAGAAGUUUCCCAAACUGACAGCCGCUCCCUCAGCACUGAUUUCAGAGUGCACUUUGGUCAGAUUUUCAAUCUCAAGAUAGUUAACUGUCCCCAAAGCAUCAAUUUGCAGGUGUUUGAGGAGAUUGGAUCAUCCUGUUCCCUCCUGGCUCAAGUGUUUGUUCCACUUCCAGAACCCUCAGGCUUGACCGGUAGUGUCCCUCUUGAGGAAUUCGAGUUUAGCAGCAACCAGAGAGUGAUGUUUGACCAUGAAGGAGUUGGAAGUGAUGUCCCUUUGUCCUUCGAGGCUGAUGGCAGUAACAAACAGAUCCUGAUGACCUCUGGGAAGCUGGCAUGCUGUGUGUCCUGGGGGACUGGGGAGGACGGCACACCGCUCGCCCCUCCUGUAUCUCAACAACCUAGCGGCAUACGCAGUGGUUUGGGCUAUUUUGAUGCUGUCACAUAUAUUGGGGCAUCUGGACUAUAUGAUAUGAAAAAAAUUGGAGAGUGGGCUACCCAGUCACGACUAGACCCCAACGAUCCAAAAAAUGCUUCCAUCAUGCAGCUGCUAAAAGUGGCCAGUGGCGGAGAGGUGACAGCUCCAGAGUACUUCCGGCUGGAACAGUUGCAGCAGGAGUUUGACUUUGUGACCGAUGAAGAGCUGGAUAGGUCCAAAAGAUUACGGCUGCUCAGGCUCAGGAACCAGGAAGUUGCAGAGUUUCGAAAUUACAAAUGUGUUCCUGCUCUGGAGAGGGAGGUCACAGAUGAAGUGUUCCAGGAGUAUGAGAAAAGACUGAAGGAGGGAGAGAUAAUUGAUACCAAAGAACAUUUGGAUCCCCACAGAGCUUUAGUGGCCAAAUACCUUCAGAAGAUCCGAGAAUCAGUCAUCAACAGAUUUCGUCUUGCCAAGCAUCAUUACCACCUCUCGGACUUGGUGAUAGAAGAGGAAAUACCAAGCAUUGGGAUUCUGGGAAGAAAUCUUUUCAAGCUGGCUGAACCCAAGCGACCCCUGAAACCUCAGAGGAAAGAAAGAAAGAAAGUGACAACUCAGAAUCUAUCCGAUGGAGACAUCAAACUGCUCAUCAACAUCAUCCGGGCCUACAGCAUCCCCAUCCGGAGACCCCAGAGCAAUAAACCAGGGCAGUCAUCUCAGGGUGUCAUCCAGGGCAGUGACUGGCUCCUCAGCCAGGUACAGGUGAGGCCAUUUGUGGAGGUUUCCUUCCAGCGCACAGUACUUCAAACGACAACUGCUGAUGGACCAAACCCCUGUUGGAAUGAGGAGCUGCAGCUGCCAUUUAGUGCCCCAAAUGGUGACUACAGCACUGCCAGUUUACAAUCUGUCAAAGAUGAAGUCUUCAUCAACAUAUUUGAUGAGGUGGUUUAUGAAACCGGAGUGAAUGACAAAGACAGAGGGAAAUCAGUACACACCCAGGUAGAGAGACACUGGCUGGGCUCUGUCAAGAUUCCUUUCAGCACCAUUUAUUCUCAAACCAGGAUUGAUGGCACAUUCAAGGUGAAUACACCAGCAGUGCUGCUGGGAUACAGUAAGGAGCGAAGCUAUGGUACUAACGGUGGUUAUGAUAUUUUGCGGAGCCUGAGUGAGGGAGCAUUUAUUACACUGUUCAUCACUAUUGAGCCUCAGCUGGUGCCUGGAGAGUCUAUUAGGGAGAAGUUUGACACCCAGGAACCUGAACAUUUACUGCAGGCUUCAGAGAGAUUUGAGAGGGAUGCAGUACAGAGCCACCCAGACCGACCCUGUAUUACCACCGUCAUAGAUCUCAAUGGGAAAACAGUCUUCAUCACGCGUUAUAUUCGACCCCUCAACCCCCCACAGGAGCUACUGGAUGCAUUCCCCAGUAACUCUCAGGAAGCCAUGGCCCUGGUUGCCCGAUUUGUCUCGCUCAUACCUUCUCUGCCAGACAGUAUUUCGUUUUCUGGUGCCUGCGACCUGUGGAGCACUUGUGAUCAAUUCCUCACCCUUCUGGCAGGAGAUGAAGAAGAACAUGCUGUGCUCUUAUGCAACUACUUUCUGUCUAUGGGCAAGAAAGCGUGGCUUAUAAUUGGCACUGCUAUACCAGAGGGACCCACAGCAUAUGUCCUGACCUUUGAGCAGAGCCGCUACGUGAUCUGGAAUCCUAGCAGUGGUCAGUACUAUGGCCAGUAUGACACCUUCUGCCCCCUGCAAACAGUUGGUUGCCUGGUCAAUGCUGACAAUGUGUGGUUCAACGUUCAACAAUACACCUCACCAAUGAGGAUGAGUUUUGACACCACCAAAGCCAAACUGUGGAAGCCCUUUUUCUCCCGAUCUUUCUCCCACCCUGGGUUGUCCAGUGUACAGCCAGAGGAGCUGGUAUAUCGACACAUAGACAAAGCAGCUGCAGCAGAGCUUCAGGACAGAAUUGAGAAGAUCCUCAAGGAGAAGAUCAUGGAGUGGCGCCCUCGUCAACCAACCCGCUGGAACCGCUACUGCACCACCACCCUGAAACAUUUCCUGCCCAAACUGGAGCUGAGCGGGGGGCAGGACAUAGCAGAAGGGCACCGCCAUGAGUUGCAGAACCUACUGGGAGACAACAGGAUUUCAGGAUUCCCCCUGAAUCUGCCAUUCUCCGAGAUUCGGCCCAUCAUAGAGGCAGUGUACAGCACUGGAGUUCACAACAUUCAGGCAUCAAAUGCAGAGUUUGCUCUGGCUGUGUAUGUGCACCCUUUCCCUAAUAAUGUCUUGUCUGUGUGGGUGUACCUGGCCUCACUUGUCCGCACAUGAUACAAGAGACACUUUAGUCUUCAUAAAGCUGAUGACUUUUUUUAGAAUUCCACUGCACAAUGUUGUACAGUAUAUCACAUGUAUAUAAUAUAUUUUGGGUAUAUUGCUACACAUUUUAGUAAAAAGUUUGAUAUCUGUAAAUCAAACCCAGUCACCUUUUAUUAAAUCCCUACUUUCUGAACCAUACAAUGUUGUUUUUUUUUUUUUUUG